AUGAAUGAAUAUUUACUAUGGUAUAAAUGGCAUAACGACUUCUACUAUUUUAUUCAGGGAGAACUUUAUGCUAUUUUAGAAAUAUUUGGACUAGAUGUCAAGCAGUUAAAUAUACAACGUAUUAGUGAUGUAUACUAUAGUAUAACAUUGCAAGACGAUUUAAUUGCAACACAAAUUAUGCAUAGAAGUGUUUUUUUGAGAGGCGUUGUUAAGUUAUGGGCUAGCGGCAAUACAUACACUAAACUACUGGAAGAGUUGUGCAAGAAAGAGCGGGAAAUUGAUCAAUCAAUUAGUGGUAAAAGUAUAUCACUAAUCCUAUUUUCCUAUGGCAAAAGGAGAAGUUAUGAAUAUAAAAUUGGAAUUUUCAACAAAUUUGAAACAAUACUAAAGGAAGCCAAAUGCAUAGAACUAACAGACCCUCAAGUGUCAAUUACAAUUCUAGAGGCUUGGAAUAGAGAAAAUGCUUGUAUAGAACAAAUCCAUAUGGGACAACUUAUUGUAAGCAGGAGAGAUAUCGGUUUUUGGUGGUCACGAUAUAAUCUCACCGAUAGACUUAACCUUGGGCCAACUACCAUGGACAAUGAAUUAUCAUUUAUUAUGGCAAACAUGGGGUUAACAAUUAAAAAUAAGAUUGUGUUAGACCCUUUUGUUGGAUCUGGCGGGUGUCUAAUUGCAGCAGCACACCACGGUGGUAUAUGUUUUGGAUCUGAUAUGGAUAGGAGAAUGUUAAAUGGAUGGGGAUGUGUGUAUAAGAAUCCUAGACAAGUAAAGACAGAUUCUUUGGAUAUAUUUUCCAACUUUAAAUCAUACGAUUUACCACUUCCUGGCAUAUUAGCGGCGACUGUGCAAAGAUCUUGCUGGAUUAAGAAACCGUGGGUGGAUAUCAUCAUUACAGAUCCUCCAUAUGGCAUCAGAUCAUCAAUAAAUGCUGAUUAUAUGAAGGAUCUAAAUUUGAUACGUUGUCUAAUAGACAUGGCUGAUAAAUUACUUGUUAGUAACGGCCAAUUGGUAUUCCUAUUGCCUGUAAAACUGGAAAAUGUCAAUAUGGACGUUAUUUAUCAAUCAAAACUUAAUGUUGUUUGGACUGGCAUGCAAAAAUUGACGGCAGGAAAUGGCCGAGUACUGGUAAGGAUGGUGAAGAAUUAA